UGUUGACAGGAACAGUCUGGCAUUCUCUCCGACUAAUUCAUUCAGUGGAGAGCUCCCACCUUCUUGGGAUCGUGUAACAACACCAAAAUUCGGUUGUCAUGGACUUGCGGAGUGUAGAACGUGUUAGGAAGAGGAAAAACGAAGAUGAAGAGUUUAUGUUUGUCAUUUUGCCUGCAUUGUACUUCCACUUGACAUGGCAAAAACAAAGACAACAAAGACACCUUUCGUUUGUAUAUGGCAAGGAGCAUGUUAGAGAAUUGCUUGGAGGACACCUCAAGAACUGCUUAGCUGCCUUUAGGAUGGAGCCGAACAUUUUCAUGUGGUUGGCAUCAUAUCUUAGAGAGGAGGGAUUGAUUUUAGAUUCUAGGAUCAAGGUGGAAGAGAAGCUUGCGUUUUUCUUGUACAUGCUCUCCCACAAUGCUUCAUAUGAAAAAAUGCAAUUAGAGUUUAAGCAUAGUGGUUGGAGUUUCAGCAAGUAUGUCAGGGAGUUUUUCGAUAUUAUUCCAACCUUGACAACAAGAAUCGUCAAGCCUCUCAAUAUCUAUGAAACUCAUCCAAGGAUAGCUACAGACCGCCGCUUCUUCCCAUACUUCCAGAAUUGCAUUGGUUGUAUCGAUGGGUCCCAUGUGCCAGUUACAAGAACACCUAGCCGUGCUUCUCCAUGGAGAAAUAGAAAAGGCACCCUCAGCCAGAAUGCAAUGUUCACAUGUGACUUUGACCUCAAUGUAACCUACAUUUCCUGCGGCUGGGAAGGGUCAGCUAGUGAUGCUAGGGUGCUGAAUUCUGCCAUUCAAAGAGGUUUCACUGUGCCUGCUGGAAAAUUUUAUCUAGUUGAUGGUGGCUAUGGCAACACCCAAUUCUUUCUUGCACCUUACCGAGGGGUUAGGUACCAUCUGAAGGAAUUUGGACGUGGUCGUCGGCGUCCACAAAACUAUAUGGAGUUGUUUAACCAUCGCCAUGCUGUCCUUAGAAACUAUAUUGAGAGGCUUUUGGGAAUUCUGAAAAAACGUUUUCCUAUCCUCAAAGUUGGUACAUUCCACAAAAUAUGGAAUCAAGUUAGGAUACCAGCCGCUGCAGCCAUAUUCCACAAUAUCAUCAGACAACACAAUGGUGAUGAAGACUGGCUUGAAGACCAAGAGGAUAACAUAAACCCAGGAAAUUUUGUGGAUCUCCCUGACGGUGAUGAUGAGGUACAACAGGAAGUUGUGUGUUUCUUAAUCUUCUAG